CCAGGCAGGCGGCGAGAGAUGGAUCGCUUCACCGAGUGCGGCACCCAGACAGACGCUGUGGUGGUGUUGUCCCUGGCACAGGCCGCGGUGCUGGGCUUGGUGUCCGACAACGAGCUGCUCGGGGCCACCGUCAGCCCUGCCGGCUUCUUCCCGGGGCUGGCAGCCGAGCUGCCUGACGCCGACACUGCGGCCGAGCCUGGGGAGCCGGAGGGCGAGGGCCGGCCGGAGGGCGAGCCGGAGGAGGACGCCUUGGAGGCAGAGUCCUCCCUGGAGAAGCACGCCCGGAGGAGGAAGCGGCCCCCCGUGCGGCUGGUGCCCAAGGUCAAACGCGAGAAGGCAGAGGCCGAGGCCGAGCCGCUGUACGAGGUGCCCGUGCCCGCCGACGAGGAGGGCGAGGGGCAGCGCGGCCGCUCCCGCCAUCGCCGGGAGCAGGAGAUGCAGGGCAGCUCCGUGAAGAUGAUCGACCUGGGCACCUUCAGCAGGAAGCCUCGGAGGCUGCGGCACCUGCGCCGGCACACGCGCCACGAGCCGGCGGGCACCGAGUGCCACCUGGAGGGCGCCGACCCGGCCGGCGCGGCAGCGGACGACGGCACGUCGGGAACCUCCCGCACCGACUGCGCCUUCGAGGCGGCCGCCCCCUCCCCAGACGAGGAGGAAGCCCCAGCGCCGGCGUCCCCCGAGGCGGUGAAGAGCGAGCAGGGCUUCGGCUGGCAGGAGGCGGGCGAGCUGGAGGCGGAGGCGGGCGGCGGCGGCAGCAGCGAGCGCAGCAAGAAGGCGCAGCUGGACCGGCUGGACAUCAACGUGCAGAUCGACGACUCCUACCUGGUGGAGGCGGGCGACCGGCAGAAGCGCUGGCAGUGCCGCAUGUGCGAGAAGUCCUACACCUCCAAGUACAACCUGGUGACCCACAUCCUGGGCCACAACGGCAUCAAGCCCCACUCCUGCCCGCACUGCGGCAAGCUCUUCAAGCAGCCCAGCCACCUGCAGACCCACCUGCUGACCCACCAGGGCACCCGGCCCCACAAGUGCGAGGUGUGCGGCAAGGCCUUCACCCAGACCAGCCACCUGAAGCGGCACAUGCUGCUGCACAGCGACAUCAAGCCCUACAGCUGCCGCUUCUGCGGCCGCGGCUUCGCCUACCCCAGCGAGCUGAAGGCCCACGAGGUGAAGCACGAGAGCGGCCGCUGCCACGUCUGCGUGGAGUGCGGCCUGGAUUUCUCCACCCUCACCCAGCUGAAGAGGCACCUGGCCACCCACCAGGGCCCCACGCUCUACCAGUGCCUGGAGUGCAGCAAGUCCUUCCACUACCGCAGCCAGCUGCAGAACCACAUGCUGAAGCACCAGAACGUGCGGCCCUUCGUCUGCACCGAGUGCGGCAUGGAGUUCAGCCAGAUCCACCACCUCAAGCAGCACUCCCUCACGCACAAGGGUGUGAAGGAGUUCAAGUGCGAGGUGUGCGGGCGGGAGUUCACGCUGCAGGCCAACAUGAAGCGCCACAUGCUGAUCCACACCAGCGUCCGGCCCUACCAGUGCCACAUCUGCUUCAAGACCUUUGUGCAGAAGCAGACCCUCAAGACCCACAUGAUUGUCCACUCACCUGUGAAGCCCUUCAAGUGCAAGGUGUGUGGAAAGUCCUUCAACCGCAUGUACAACCUCCUGGGCCACAUGCACCUGCAUGCUGGCAGCAAGCCCUUCAAGUGUCCCUACUGCUCCAGCAAGUUCAACCUGAAGGGCAACCUCAGCCGACACAUGAAGGUCAAGCACGGGGUGAUGGACAUCAGCCUGGACAGCCAAGAUGCCAUGAUGGACCUGGCUGGGGCUGACCACACGGAGCUGGACGGGCAGCAGGAGAUGGAUGACUUCGAGGAGGAGAACUCUUACGGCUACGGUGGGGUGGGCAGCGCGCCGGAGGAGCAGGCCAUGAAGGAGAUGGCCUACUACAAUAUGUUGUAGCUGCAGUGCCAGGGGACUGCCAGGGCCAGUGCUGACACUGUGUGGCACCCAGCCAGCCCUGCACUCCCACCCCGGACAGGGGGGUCUGGUUGGGUUUGGUGAAGGAGAGGACAGGGAUUGUCCAAAUGCUGGGGUGGAGGCUGUAGGUGGCAGUGGGCGCACAGGGUUGGUGUGCUGGAGACUCAGCUCCAGCUGCUGCCAGACCCUUGCGGAGCUCAGUGGAGCUCCCACCACAACCGGGUCCAUCCCUCCUUCCCCAGCACCCCAGAGAGGUUGUGCUAAGCUGUGCCCAGAUGGCUGCAUGCCUUGUGCCCGGCGCUGGCAUCCCUUCACCCCACUCCUGCCCCACAGCGCAGGGGCAAGCUGGGGCCGUGCCUCUUGCCACUCCCUGAAGCCGUGGGCAGGGGCGGGCACACCCCAGCAGCCGAUGAGCGUCUCUCACGAUUCUACCUCCUGGGUGCCCCUCUGCCCGCCGCAGGAAGCGGGUCUGUGGCUCUUCCCCGGGCCAGAGCUGCCCUGCUCGCCCUGGGGCACGGGCAGAGCUGCAGCAGCAGGCCACGGGGCACACACAGAGUAUUU